UAUAAGUAUUAUAUUAUCAUUAUCUUGGGAGUUGGAGUCGACAAUAUUUUGUCUACGGAACAGCUCUUUUUCUAAAUGUUCCUUUGAUUUAAAAUAUAUUAAAGGAAUCUAAGAAAAAUGAGCAGCUCGGAGGAGGUAUCAUGGAUAAGUUGGUUCUGCGGGCUCAGAGGGAAUGAAUACUUCUGCGAGGUGGACGAAGACUAUAUAAGUGAUAAGUUCAAUUUAACAGGUCUUAAUGAACAUGUUCCACAUUUCAGACAGGCCUUGGAUAUGAUAUUGGACUUAGAACCAGAUGAUGACUUAGAAGAAAAUCAAAAUCAGUCAGAUUUGGUGGAACAGGCUGCAGAAAUGCUCUAUGGUCUGAUUCAUGCCCGUUACAUUUUAACUAACAGAGGUGUAAGCCAAAUGUUAGAAAAAUUUCAAUCAGGAGACUUUGGUAACUGCCCACGAGUUUAUUGUGAAUGCCAACCAAUGUUGCCCAUUGGAUUGUCAGAUGUCCCAGGUGCGGCAAUGGUAAAGCUGUAUUGCCCCCGUUGUAUGGAUGUAUAUACUCCCAAAUCCUCACGUCACCACCGCACAGAUGGAGCCUACUUUGGAACUGGUUUCCCGCACAUGGUGUUCAUGGUGCAUCCAGAAUAUCGCCCACAAUGCCCCAGUUCAGAGUUUGUGCCUAGACUAUAUGGGUUUAAAAUCCACCCGGUGGCCUACCAAAUUCAGACGCAAGCUGCUGUCGGACACAAAUCACUUCGAACUCUGGCAUACAACAAUGGUAAACGAUAGGAGCGACCCAGGCCACGACCCCCGCCUACGCGACACUAGCAGUUGCUAUAAAUAACAGAUGACCAUUAGUUACUGGCACUUAGCUUGAGCGUUAAAUAUAGGAAUACAUAGUCAUAUUUCUGAACAAAUUCUAAAAUGUUCAUGGUAAGCUCAGUAUAAACCUGGAAGCAAACUACAUAAACAAAGAAUGGAUGAAAACUGUCAAAAUAGUGAUAUAAACAUUUGUCAUGCUUUAAUUUGUAUUUAUUUCUAAUAUUGGCUAAUCAUUUAAUUCAUUAAUAUUCUCUCAAACUCAGCAUUACAAAUUUGCUCUUACAUGUGGAAGAAUGCACACAAUAUUCACAGGUUUUGCAACAUUCACUAUGAAACAAUUGUGUGUGUAAAGUAGUAGGAAUAAUUAUUACAACGCUCAAGGUGUCAGGAACUUAAAUAAUAAGUGACGUUAUAUCAGAUUUACUAGUAUUUGUUCCUUUAAGGGAAGAUAUUUUACAGAAAAAUCUAAUAAAAAUACAGUCAACAUCGUUUACGACGAUAUCGUUUAGAACAACAUACCGGUUAUAUUGAUCAAAAUCAAAGAUCCCGGCUGAAUUCUAUUUAUUAGGUACUUAAUAACAACGUCAUCGGCUUUUAUGACUAUCGAUUUUUAUGACCAAAUAUGAGUAGUCCCUUCAAUGUUGUUUUAAUAGAUUUUGACUGCAAUUAUGACAACUUGCUCAACAACUCAUAAUAAAUUACCGAAUUAUUAACAAUUUCAACAAACAAUUAGUAAAUGUCACUUAUUUGAUGUGUCAUCUGUCAUGUGACUCGCUGUCAAAGAAAUCUAUGGGCGUAGCCGAAGGGAUAAAAAGAGAUUUCUCAUUUAAGUAGGAUAAGAAAUAAAUUUUUAAUUUGUGGUGUUUGAUAAUUAUGUGAGUUUGAAUUCGAUUUUUCACGAUUACAAGGCGCCAAGCAUCAAAUUAAGUAUAGAACUUCAAUUCUGUAUUGAAAUAAAUCUAUUUAUCUGCCAGGUUUACGAUACUGACAUAAUGUUUACAUAGAUACAUAGAGCAGGAUAAUACAAAAUUAUAAGAGCGGGGAACGUGGUCUUUCAUAUGUAUAAUACUUUCGUUUUACUAUGUGAUAAAGCUAAUAUUUUAGACCGCAUUUAGGCUGGUAUUCUAAAUCCUUGAGUAUUUUUAAUGUCAUAUAAGAUUUAUAAUACGGGUUUAGGUAUUCCAUUAAUAAUUUUGUACGCGUAUUGCGCCUUCAGUAUCAAAUUUAGCUAGCUCUUGGUUUUUUUAAUUGUUUCUACACUAAUGUAAUUAAAAGAUAAAUUUAAUAUUUUACUCACAACAUCACCAAAUAAAUCAUCCUGAUGCUCGCAUAAGGAGCACAAUGUUACUGUAAAUAAAAAUCGGUGCCAACUAAAACGAACUAUUUUUAUAUAUUUUCUAAUGUAUUGUUUCGUUACAACUUAUCGUUAGUGACCAAUGUAUUUAAUGUAAUACGAUGUACUGGAUAAAACGCUCCCUUUUGCUUAUUCUAUUGUUGGCAGCGGGCUUAAAAUGUCAAUGUCAUAUUUUGAUGAGUCAAAGUAACCUGUGGCUUACGCGGGAAAAGCGCUGUAUAUAUUUUACAAUACCAAUAGGCAUUUAAUUCAUUUUAGUUAUGAUAUUAUGAUCGCAUAUUUUAUUUCGUUUCCUAUUGUACUUGGUUACUUAAUAUGGCAAAUAAAAUAUAAUGAUAAAUCGUAUUUUUCUUGCGU